UCAAAAUAUGCUCAAGAGUGAGUGAGAAUAUGCAAUAGUAUUUGAUUAUUUUCUAAUCAUUUUAUGUUUUAUUUUUCCUUGUUAUAAAAGCUUCAAAAAAUACCAUGUAUCCUUAGCUUAAAUAUUGCCGUUAUAAAAAUAAUACCGUAAAUUAUCAUCGUUAAAUUUUAUCAAUUAAAGUCUGUACAUGCUCUUUAAAUUUAGCCAUUUAGUUCUAGAGAAUUAUUGGCAUGAGUACAAAGAAUCUUCCUAAUGGAUGCAAUAUUAUCAGCAAACAAAUCUUUGAUAAAGUGGAGGAGAAGCAGCUAUUUUGGAUGCGCUCUCUUAUUAUUGGGUUGAUUAAAGAUUCAUUUGUUUACAAAACAGUUUUAAACCUUUAUAUCAAACAUUCAUUCAUUUUAAUUAUUUUUGUAUGGCUAAUUUUAAUAACAACUCUUGGAAUUGUUGCAUACCUUCCUGAUGUUAAAGUUUUGUCCUACAUCCAAAUUGCACAGACGUUAUUUACCUAUUUUAUUCCACCAUUAAUUUGCUUUUUUGUAUCUGCUUUAGUUGGAAUAGUUAUGAAAAAAAAAAGGCUUCAGUACUUUUCUCAUAUUUGUUUUGCAACUUGUGUUAUAUUUGAAAUGUUGUUAGAAGUACUUAAUCAAAUAGGAAUAAAUAUAUUUACUUAUUCCCUCUUUACUCAUGGCUUUUUAUCAAGUAUUUUUAUCUCAAUUGCUGGAAAAAUGUGUGUUCAAAAAAAGUUACGUUUUACUUUAUAUAUAAUGGCUGGAAUUAUAUUGCUUCGUUUCACCCUAUGCAAUUUUAAAUGUUUUCAAUACAUUCCACCUGCAAUUUUGUACAUCUUUUUUCUAAGUGAGCAAUCGUUAUGUUCAUUAUGCCUAAUAAUUCGUAUUAACAUUGGAAAUUGGGCAAUACAAAAGAAACAAUUUCAGACAUACAUCAAAUGCGGUUUUGCUAUGUCAAAUUUUAUGUCCUUGCAUAUUCCAGAGUUUGUAUCAGAAGACCUCUCAGAUAGGUUUAUAACUAUUCCAGUUAUGAGACAGAGGCGUGCUUCGAGUUUGGAUAUGCGUUCAAUAAAUAAAACUUUGUUUUCUGUGCCACAAAAUAGGCGAAAAUCAUUACCUGCACUUGGAGUUGAGGGAAGGAAAUGCAGCUCAGGUUCUGUAGACUUUAGCACACUUGGUGAAGCUCAUGGUAUGUUAUCUGAUCUUCUUGCUGAUUCAUCAUUACCAAUUAAUGUAAUAGGAACUCUUCGCAUAAUUGCUGAUAUGCUUUCUCCAUUUUUGCAAAGUGAAUUUCAACGCCAAACAUACACCAAUCCACUAGUGACAAUGUUUGAAAAACAAAAAACAAAAGAAGAUGAACAGCAGGUGUUGAACCAACCUGAUUUUAAAGAUGAUUUACCUCUUUCCUUAAAAAAGCGUAUGCAUAGAAACUUAGGAUCACGUAGAAUGUCUAGCAGUUACACCACUACAACAUCAGCAACAGGAAUGCCAACCAUUGACAUGGAAUAUUAUUCUAAAAGAAAUGUACAUAAUAGUUUCAGUAAAAAUGUGUCGGUUCGUUCUUUAUCGCACUCUAAUAUAUUUUCAGAACUUGAAAAAAAUUCGUAUACAAAAAUUCGUUCUCCAUGUGGAAGUCCUUUAUCAAUAAUAAAUCAACCCCCUGAUGAAGAUAUGUUUAAAAUUGAGGUAUCCAACAAUUGUCCUACAUAUUAUAAUAGCAUUGAAGAAUCGCAUAGCGCUUGUGAAUUAGAAGGACAAAUAAAUGUCAAAGAUUCUAACAAAUCAGAGGCUGAUAAAAAAAGUAAAACACGACUAGAAAGCUUGUCAGAGUAUGUAGAAAUCAGGGAAUCAAGUGAAACAGAAACAGUAAAGAUAAAUAGUGAUAGUUUUUCUAAUUUUGUUCCUAGUAGCACUUCUAAUGCAGAAUGUUCUGAGCAUCAUGUCAGUUCAAAUGUUCAACAUGAUUUAGUCCUGAAUAAUGACCAUGCUGUUGAUUUUAAUAAAGAAAACUUGUUGAUACCUUCAUUAAAUAGUCGAAGAACAUCUCAUGAAAUGCAAAUAGAACUUGAAACAGCUGCAUCAAAAGAAGUGGAUGAAAUACUUAAUGAAAUUAAUUCUUGGGACUUUCCUAUCUUUGAGCUUAAUGAAAAGUGUAACGUUUUAACACAGGUUGCAUUACGAAUUUUUCAAAAAUCCAACUUCUUUAAAACAUUCAAAAUUCCAGAGAUUCCUUUUUUGAAAUACUUUCGAGCUCUGGAAGCUGGUUACCACAAUAUUCCUUACCAUAAUCGUAUUCACGCAGCAGAUGUUUUACAUGGAGUUUAUUACUUGACCAAGCAUAAAAUUCCUGGUUUCACUUCUAAUGCAGCUAUAGACAGUUUAAUCAAAGAUGACCUCACUUUAGAAAAUGAUAUAUAUGAAGAUGAUUACUCUUAUGGAUAUAUGGGGAAUGUUAUGCCUGAGUUAGAACUGAUGGCUCUAUAUACUGCUGCAGCUAUGCAUGAUUUUGACCAUCCAGGGCGUACUAAUGCUUUUUUAGUUGCUACAUCAAACCCUAAGGCUUUGUUGUAUAAUGAUCGUUCAGUCCUUGAAAAUCACCAUGCGGCUGCUGCGUGGUCUUUACUUGUUACAAAUCCGGAGAUGAACUUCCUUCAAGAACUUGAUUUAGUAGACUUUAAGAGAUUUCGAUUUAUUGUGAUAGAAGAGAUUUUGUCUACUGAUCUGAAAAAACAUUUUGAUUUUCUUACAGAGUGGAAUGCUAAGGUUUCUGGUCAGGGGGGUGGUUUAGAUUAUACUAAUGAAUCAGACAGAUUGUUAGUCGGGCAGAUGAUGAUUAAAGUAGCUGACAUUGCUGGUCCAAGUAAAGAAUGGAGUCUUCAUCGUAGGUGGACAGAUCGUAUUGUUGAGGAGUUUUAUCUUCAGGGUGAAGACGAAAAAACAUUUGGUAUGCCAGUUUCUCCUUAUAUGGAUCGAAACGAUGGAAAAGUUCCUCAGCUUCAGUGUUCUUUUAUAAAACAUUUGGUUUUACCUCUUUAUGCAGCUUACGAAAAAGCUGGAAUUUUACCGGGUGAAUGGAUUGAUUCUGAGGUAGAUAAUAACUCUGACAGUGAAGAGGAUAGUGACUUUCCAAAAUCAUCAGUAAAGAAAAAAGCAGCCUUUAAUGUUGUCAUAGAUAAUAUUCAGAAGAAUCAUGAUCGUUGGCUCAAAAUAAUAUCUGACGAAGAAGAAUACUUGGUUGAAAGCUCUCAGCAAAAUAGUUAUGACUGUAAUAAUGAAGUUUCAAACGGGGAGCAUGACGUUUUAAGCGAGGAGCAUAGUAUUAGCACCGGACUUGAUAGCUUUAACAAUAUAGUAAAUGAGAAAACUAGUGAAUCCUAAUUUAUGUUGAUUUUCUAGAUUUGAUAAAUAUAUAUAUAUAUAUAUACUUGUAUAUAAUAACUUUACACAUUUGUAUAAAUUUUGACUAAUAUAUACCAUUCUUUAACCGA